AUGGAUUUAAAAUACUGUUUUAUAUUACUUUUUGGUAUCAUAAAUGAAGUACUACAAGUAUCAGGAAUUGCACCUAAAGGUCAUCCUAGAGAGAUGAAAACAAAAUCAGUGGAAAAAAAUCUUAUCAGAAUGUUAUUAAAUCGAUAUGAACAGUUUGGUGUAAUUGGACGACCAGUAAAUGAUAGUAAAAUUAAAGUUGAUGUUCGUUAUGGAUUACAACUUUUUCAAAUCUUGGAUUUAGAUGAAAAUAAACAAAUUUUACGAACUAAUUGUUGGUCAAUGUAUAAAUGGACAGAUUCUCUUCUUCGUUGGAAUGAAAGUGAUUAUGGAGAUAUUAAAACAGUUCGAAUAUUCCCUUCACAGAUUUGGACGCCGGACAUCAAACUGUAUAAUUUUGCUGAUGAACGCUUACGUGAACACAGAGAUGCUCGUGUUGUAGUGUCAAGUAAUGGAGAAAUGUUAUGGGUUCCACAAGCACUGUUUAAAAGUACAUGCGAAGUUGAAAUCACAUACUUCCCAUUUGAUACACAAAUAUGUAUGCUAGAAUUCGGAUCUUGGACGUACGAUAAGACACAAAUGGACAUAUUAUGGUGGAUUCCAGAUUCACCUCCCAUAGAAGAAAUGCCAUACUUAGAUUUCUCAGAUUACGUACCAAGUAAUGAAUGGCGUACGGAUGGCGAGAAAGAACGUGAAGUACACCAUGUCAACCGUACUAUACAAAUUCGAUCAGUUAAGAAACAUCGACGUCGAAGUCAAACUGUUGGUAACGAAGUCAUCACAAGAGAAUAUCCAGUUUUACGAUACUUGAUACGUUUGAGAAGGAACCCUAGUUUUUAUGUAUUUAUGUUAGUGAUUCCAUGUGUAUUGUUAUCAUCUUUAACAUUGGUUGUAUUUUGGUUACCUCCAGAAUCUCCAGCAAAAAUGAUGCUUGGUAUGAAUAUAUUUGUUGCAUUCUUCGUUUUACUCUUACUAUUGGCUGAGUCGACACCUAGUGCUGUGAAAAAUUUCCCACUGAUUGGAGUAUAUUUUUGUUUGAAUAUGAUUAUGAUCACACUGUCCACUUUCUUGGCAACUUUGGUAAUUCACCUUUAUUUCCGAGGUGAUCGUAAUGGUUCGGUUCCAUAUGUUUUGAGAAGAAUUAUUAUAGAGGGUAUUGGACGACUCACAUUGGUAAGACAGCGAAUUCCUCUACCAGAAAUGAAAAAGCCAAUUAGGCCUUCAAUAAUAAAACCUCAUAAGAAGAUUCAAAUUCCAGGUAUUUCACCCAAUAAAAUUCCAGUAAAUGAAGAGACAUACUGUGAGAAUGAACGUAUUAGACAUUUUGGAGGUGGUGCGUUUCAACAAUGCAAUAUGGUUGGUAGUCAUUUUUUGUACGGAGAAGAGCAAUUAGGAGGAGCUGCUAGUAAUUGGUUUGCUCCAAAUGAACAUCGUUCUGUUCCAAGAUACCCUAAUCAAUUCGAUUCUUAUCCAACGGCCACACAGAUCAAUAAUAUAUCUCAAAUACCGGGAAGUGCAGGAAAAUCAUCAGAAAAUGAGCCAGAUAAUACAGCUAAUCAUAAUGAAUCACCAUCAGUUUUAAAUUCAACCACUACACUGGAGCGUGAUGUGAGAGAGUUAAAAAAAUACGUCAAAAUGUUAGUAAAUAGACAAAAAGAAACAGCUCGUAAAAGUUUGGUGGCUAUGGAAUGGCGCACUUUGGCUAUUGUUUUAGACCGUUUAUUUUUCUUUAUUUACAUUACCACCAUAGUAAUUGCAGUAGUUGUCUCAGUACCGCGAAGUACUGAACCAGAAGUUCCACCAGCAUUUCGCGAUGAUUAA